AUGGUAAAUCGACCUAUCUUUCUUGGAAUAUCAACGGGUGUCUCCCCAGAGAAGAACUCACUUGAACUUAGCAUAACUAUUAACGACGGUUUCUUUGUUCUAGGCACCAAAAACUAUACCUUCCCGAUCGUUUCGGCAGAUGAGGAGAGUGGAAGUCCUUCACCGGGCGUUUCGCCGCAAAUGACACUUAAUGACGACGACGGUGCCUUAGGUGAUUGCGAUUUUGAAGAGAUCAAAGGCAUGUACAUCGACCUUAAAAAGCGAGUUGUGGUCCAGCAAGCCCAAAACCUCGCUUUGGCCCAAAACAACAAAACCAUCAACCUUGGCACAAAGGCUAAACUCGACUGCCAAGCCGGAGUUGGCCCUUGUGGUACGGAUGCAUGUCGAGCCGAUUACAAGUUCUUUUCUAAACUCCCCAAAGCGAUCUUUGAGGAAACUCUAAAAGACGAGCCCGUUAACUCUCCAGAAAUCAUUACUUUCGACUACUUUAGUAUUGAAGUACUCGAAACCUUCUCCAAUGUCUUGUUGGUCGUUUUGGACAAAUGGAUUGGUGAGUACUCUCGUGGUAAUGCCAUCAAAAUCGUUGGCGCGGGUAUCUCCACCCAAACUCUUCUUCUGGCCAACUUCUCAGAGCAAUUCAAAUUCAUGUUGUGGACCAAGUACGACAUUCAUCCUGUCUUCUUUUCCGGAGGUACUCGGCCACUCGACCAACAGUCUGAAUCUCUAGCCCGUAAGUGCGCUAGUCUUUUUGGUCAGGAAAACCUUCCCCGACUUUCCAUUGUGGAAAACAACCGCGUUAACAUUGACGUUGGUAAUAUUUGGUUUUGCUCUCUUAAUGACUACAUACCCUUACUUGGUCCCAAAGGUGCUGAAUUUAUGUCACAACUAAUCUCCAAUGCCAAUGCGAUUGCUAACGAGCGCAUUUCCUUUUUCAGCUCAACCGCUCAAGGUGGCGGAGUAGCCUUAAUGCGGCAUGCUUUGUUACGGGUCUUUUCUAUGCUUGGUGUUAAUGCUUCUUGGUACGUUUGUGUGCCAAGUCCUAUCGUCUUCCGCAUCACCAAGAAGAAGAUUCACAACAUUCUCCAAGGAGUAGCUUCGCCCGAGCUUACUCUUGACUCUAAUGACAAGGCCAAAGUUGAUAAGUGGCUUAAGAACAACUAUGAAUCUAACUGGAAACAAGUUAUCAAAAACAGCACAUUUAUUGUUCUUGACGACCAACAGGUAGCCCGUCUUGUUCCUCUUAUCCGCAAAGACAAUCCCACCAUCAAAAUAGCCUACCGCUCACACAUUCAAAUCCGUGGUGAGUGCAUCAAAGACAAUCCUCAACUUACCAAUACUUGGAACUUCCUCUGGGACGCCCUCAAAGAUGUCGACUACUUCAUAGCCCAUCCCAUUGAAACCUCCGUACCUCUAGAUGUACCCCAAGAAAAGGUCUUAUUCCAACCAGCCGGCACCGAUCCUCUGGACAGUUUAAACAAACCUCUUUCCCAUGCCACAGACGUCUACUACCAAAAUGUCUUCAAUCGAAUCUGCAUUGAUAAUGGCGAAUCCCCCGUCAAUUUCAACCAUCCAUACAUUGUCCAAGUCGCUCGCUUCGACCCAUCCAAAGGCAUUCCCGACCUUCUUGAUGCCUACUACAAACUGUACCAACUCUAUAACCAACAGAAGCCCAAGGAAACUUUCAACAUUGGAUUAGUUAUUUGCGGCCACGGCAGUGUCGAUGACCCCGAAGGCAGUCAAAUCUUCAAACAAGUCUCCGAUAUCAUUGAAUCCGAACAAUUCCAUGUUCUCAAACUCCUAAUCACCAAAAUCCGACUACCACCCUCCGACCAACUACUCAACGUCAUUCUCCGCAACGCCACUGUCUGUUGUCAACUCAGUCUCUGUGAAGGCUACGAAGUCAAAGUAACUGAAGCCCUUCUCAAGCAAGUUCCAGUCAUUGCCUACAAUGUCGGCGGUCUCCCCCACCAAAUCCGCAACGGCGUCAAUGGGUACAUCGUUGACAAGCACAAUUCCGACCAAGUAGCCCAACACCUCUACAACCUACUCUACAACAAAGAAGAGCACCAGAAAAUCCGCAACGGCAUUAAUGCCAAAGACUUCUCCUACAUCACCACACCCUUCCAAGCCUUUUUCUGGAUCCACCUUAUCCAACUCGCCAAAACCAACCAGACCUCCAAAACCCAGUACAUCUACCAAGAACUCAUCAAAAAGUACCUCGAAUAA